AUGAUACUGCAGAUCCCAGGACGUACCGGAUUUUUGUUCCAAACACCCAUUUCAAUUGGGACCUCUCGAGCCAUGGAAGUUCGGCUCCCAAUACACCUACCACUGUCUGGUAUACCUAUGAAGAUGACGCCGUUCACCAGACGUGGACGUUUGACAGAGUAUGACUAUAUGGGCAGUCUGAAUGACUUCAUCGAUAGCCAAAGGCAUCGAGAUGCAUUUUGA